CACUGUUACACUCUUAUGCUUCCAGACAAACUGUUUGGACUUUGUACUCAGACUGAAGCUGAAAAUUACUCCCCCCACAUGAAGGGCUUUUUGUUAGGUUUCCACGGCAACGUUACGAAGCGAGACCUCGGGGGAAGUUUAAUCAAACCGGGUCGAUUUUCGAGGAGAAUCGCUGACACAAAACGCGGUUUCUAAUCAGUUGCUUUUGGUCGUGAUGCAGAAGAUUCAGUGGAAGAAGCCGCAUGACCAGAAGUGUGAAUAUUUGAGUGUUUUUACACGCCUCUGUCUUCCUGCCUGCAGGCUUGUGUGGGCCAGGACAUGCUGAUGGACCAGGACACUCAGUGGCUGCACCAGCUGCUGGCUGAAGUCCAGCUGGAGAAGUUCUACGUCCGCGUCCGAGACGGCCUCAACAUUACCCGCGUGGAGCACUUCAACUAUGUCAAGGAGUCCGACCUGGAGUACAUCGGAAUCAGCAAGCCAGCACAAAGGCGAUUAUGGGAAGCCCUGAAACGCUACAAGACGGCUUCACGCUCACGGGGAUGGAUUCCCAGGAUGUUCAACAGUCGAGACGGAGGGGAACAGUCCGGCCCAGUUCAGCCGCAGGAGAGGACUGCGCCUCGUCUGAUCCAGGACAGUGAGCUGGUUCUGGGAGAGAAGUUGGGCUCGGGGUCCUUUGGGGUGGUGAAGAGGGGAGAGUGGCACACACCGGCAGGCAGAGUGCUCCCUGUGGCUGUCAAAUCGCUGAGGAGCAGCAGGUCCACGCAGGCCGACACACUCACAGACUUCCUGCAGGAAGUCACCACCAUGCAGUCCCUGGACCACCCCAACAUCAUCCGGCUCUACGGCGUGGUCCUCACGCAGCCCCUCAAGAUGGUAACAGAGCUGGCCUUUCUGGGCUCAUUAUACGACACCCUGCGGGCGCGGCAGUUCGAGUACCCGCUGCUGCGCCUCUGGCUCUUUGCCACCCAGAUUGCGGCAGGUAUGGACUACCUGGAGACCCGGAGAUUCAUCCACAGGGACUUGGCUGCCAGAAACGUGCUGCUGUCCUCCAAGGAGGCGGUGAAGAUCGGAGAUUUCGGUCUGAUGCGAGGCCUGAGUCAGGAGACGAACCAUUACAUCAUGGGAGCACACAGGAGGAUCCCGUUUGCAUGGUGUGCCCCCGAAAGUCUCCGAAUCGGCUCCUUUUCCCAUGCCUCUGACGUCUGGAUGUUUGGUGUCACCAUGUGGGAAAUGUUCACCUACUGCGAAGAGCCUUGGUUUGGUCUCUCAGGCAGACAGAUAUUGUUGCGAGUGGAGCAGGAAGGUGAGCGACUGGAGAAGCCGCCAGACUGUCCUCAGGAGCUGUACGUCGUCAUGAGGAAGUGUUGGGCCGUCAACCCCGCCGACAGGCCCAGCUUUGCCGAUCUCAUUAAAAUGCUGGCAGAGGCUAAGCCGGCACAGUUCCAAGCAACGACAGAAUUUUCAGAGCCCAGAAAACUUUCUCUCGCUCCGAACGACACUGUGACGGUCAUAGACCACGGGACAGGGAGUUUAUUGUCUUUUAUUGAGUUCCGCUAUGCACUGACCUUUGACCUGUUGUCAGUCAACAUGCAGUACACGUCUUGUGAAUUGGCACCCUGGUGUUCUCAUGCCUGCAGCAAAAGCAGCUGGAGGAUGGGAUCUGCCAGGGAUCGGGAGGCAACCAACCUGCAGAAAAUGGCAGGUAUGUCUCAGAGCCUGGAGUCGGUGCUAAGUGGCAGUCGCCCCAAGCCUCAGACCUCAGGGCCUUUCAGAGUGGAUCAACAGGGCCGACUCAUAGCCCCCGCCAUGGUCGCCCAGAGCGUGAUGGUGCAGAAGGAUCCGCGGCGCUUGAGUGAGGCCAACCUCCCUGCGCCUCCUCGGCCACCGCUGCCCAACCUGGCGCGCGUGAACCAGAGGAACCAGAGGAAACCCCCGGCUCAGGCGCCGGCGCCCUCACCCUGGCCUUCACAAAUGAUCCUGUCCCCGCCGCCGCAGCAGACACAACCCCCGGUUCAAUUCCCUCCUCAGCAGGGCAACCUGGUUAAAAUGUCCCAGAUGGCGCGUUCAACGCCGCAGCUGGAUGACGACCAAAGGGAGAGAUCGAGGGACAGAGAGAAAUUGUCUUAUACGCAAAACACAAAGGAGAGUCUGGUCGCACAGGUGAUGGAGGCGGUGCACGGCGUGACCACUGAAGAGGUGCAAAGUGCGCUUCAGUGUAACGACUGGAAUCCAAUCCGGGCUCAGCAGCAACUCAAGGUCGAGCAGCUCUACUCGCUCAGCCUCUGCUCCGCAGACAACUGUGUGAAGAUCCUGACCAAACACCAGUGGAACCUGGAGCUCGCCAGCAGGUACCUUCUGCGGGUGACCCGGGAGGACAGGCUCGGCACCGGAGAGAGGGACCGGCCUCAGGUUAGCGCAGAGAGACGGGUCUGAAGAGAUUCGCAGACGUCCGACUGGCCGGAGCCGGACUUCGUCAGCAACGCCAGGCUUCAAGGAGACCCCACUGCGGCACCAGGCGCUGCCAGAACCAGUUGCUUUACGACGGGAGCAGGACUCAGCCCAUCAAAGCAGAAACAUGAAGGUUUUCAAACAGGAUUUACCAGAGACUAAAAGCCUCCAACUACUGUUUUUUUUUCUACUUUUUUUGUUCUCAUUGUGCCAUUAUUUAGCACAUUUGCUUUUUUAUGUGAAUGAAUUUAUGUGUGAAUGUAAUGUUAGUCAUUCUUUUGUUGAAUAAAUAUGUAGAUAAAAAUGAA